GGUAUUUGUCUGAAGCAGGGAUGGGGGUGGGACGCUCUCGCACCCCAGGAGGCAAUUAUUGGCUCCCGCAUGGACAUCUCGAGGUACUGUACUGUUACCUUAUGUCAUUUUUUAUGCUAGUUUUUGAUCGCAAGUCGACAGGGGCCUGUCGCAGAUGGGCCUUAGUCGCCCUGACGGAAACCCUAGUAUUCCUAUUUGUCUAUAUAAGUAACUGCUUCUUCCCCACUUGUCUCUCACUACCUACUCGUCUCUCACUAUCGUCUUGGUUGCCCUCAUCCCCUGACCUCGUCAGUGACCAAACUCGGGGUCAUGUUAUCCGACCAGGCAGCUCUGUGGCUUGAACGAUCUCGUCUUGAUGGAAUGGUCUUAGGGGGUGUAUCCUACGGCAUAUACUUUUUCCUUACAG